ACAUUCGUUAGUAACCAUUUUACAGAGCAUCUAAAAUUACUAAGCCGAAAGUAUUAAAAACAAUCAUGAAUCGUUUAAUCUUCUUCACCGCUACACUCUCAUUAGUCUUCACCAUCGCUAAUACACGAAGCGUGUCAGACAUCGACAACAAUCCCGAAAUUUCAGAAGAGUCUACCACAAACGAAAUGUUGGAAGAUCCUACCACCUACGAAAUGUCGGAAGAUCCUAAUACUGUCACCGAUACCACCUAUAAUUCCACGGAUGUAUCUGAAGAUUCAACUAAGUUAGAUUUAACUAACAAUGAAUCAACUGAAGCACUGGAAUAUGAAAUGGCCACCGAAAUGGCUGACAUGAUAACGUACAUGACAAAGUCCAUGGCAGAUAGAUCGAAAAUUACAGAAAACCUGAAAAGUAUGAGCAACCAAUCGAAUAUCGAUGAAGCUUCUAUGAAAAAUCUUGUCAAUCAUCUCGUAAGUUUUAAGGAAGACGAUAGUGCGAUGGAGGAUCAAAUCAAACGUGUAAAGGAAUAUAGGCAGCAAUUCAAAUCCGCAAUUCUAAAAUAUUUAAAGAAUUUGCCAUUAAACACUGAAGAUGCACAAAAAAUGGAAAAAGAACUACGUAAUCAGAUGAAUCAACGAUUACCUAAUAUCCCAACUUCAGAAGACAUAAUGGAUAUUCCUGCAAGUAUGCAAAAUAUACUACCAAAUUAAAUUCAAAAUUAUUUAAUUUAUUUUGUAAUUGUACUUUAAAGUUUCCAAUAUUAUUAACUGUGUCGUCCGCUCGUUUUGGUCAUAUUUGAAUAAAAUAUAAAAUAUUUUUAACCAA